GUGCAACUUUUGUCGGUCGUGUUUCGAUGUAGUGAACUAUGUUUAAUAUUUGUUAAAUGUGGAAUUGGGAUUUGGAAUGUAGUUUUAUGUAAAUAGAGGUUUACUGAUUUUGAAGUCACAAAUUCGCGCGCACGAUGCCGUAACCAAGAUGGCCGACUGAACAAAAUGGCGGACGUUUUCGGCAAGAUGGCGUGGGGCGUGCUGCUGUUUGCGGUGAUACUGGAGACGGCUAUAGGCUCCGGACGGUUCUCUGAUCCAAAACUUGAGGAAGAUUUGGUCGACUUUGUUCCAGUGUCCACAAUGGAGGUUGAGGCGGUGGUGGGGCGCAGCGCGUCUUUGCCGUGCGACAUCGAACCGGACACCAACGAGGACCGGGUGUAUAUGGUGCUGUGGUUUCGGCAUUCGGGAGGCAAACCGCUAUACAGUUUCGACGUCCGCGGUCGCAGCUUCAACAAGGCCCUCCACUGGUCGGACCCGCUCGCGUUUGGUCGCCGCGCCUACUUCGUGACCAUGUCUCGACCAGCGUCGCUAGUGGUCGACGCGGUCCAACUAGAUGAUGAAGGCGUUUAUCGGUGUCGAGUCGAUUUUAAGAACUCACCGACGAGGAAUUUUCAAAUACGACUGACUGUCGUUGUGCCUCCACACAAGCUGCUUCUGUACGACGAGCAGGGCCGGGACGUGGCCGGUGUGGUCGGGCCUUUAGAAGAAGGAGGGAACUUCACGCUUCUCUGUGAGCUUAGAGGGGGCCGCCCACAGCCCACCUUAACCUGGCUGAUAAACAACAAGCCAGUAGAAGACCACACUCUUCUCAAGAACGACGGGAAAGUCAUGGUGUCUCGUAUCACCGUCAGUGGUGCUGAGCGAAGCUGGCUGAACCACACUGUGCGCUGUCAAGCGGCCAACACUCCUUUACUGAGUCCGCAUGAGAGAGCGGCCAGGGUUGAAAUGCAUUUACGUCCAACAUCAGUGGCUAUCACGGACAAACCAGGGCAGAUGUCAGCAGACACAGAAGUCACUCUGGUCUGCGUCAGUCACGGCAGCAGACCGCCGGCUCAAAUCACAUGGUUCAGAGAGAACAGGCGGUAUACUAGGGGGAAGCACAACGACUUCUCCAACGACACGACGUCGAUCAGCCGCCUCACAAUCGUCCCGCAGCCGGAAGACGAUGGAGCGGUCAUGCGGUGUCGCGCCGACAACGCCAUACUACGUACAGCUCUCGAGGACUCCUUUAAAAUGAGCGUCGUUUAUAAGCCAGUUCUGGCCAUGUCGCUGGGAAGCACGUUGAACGCGAACGACAUCAAAGAAGGGGAUGACGUGUAUUUCGAGUGCAACAUCAGGGCCAACCCGAAGGAGCAUCGCAUCUCCUGGUUCCAUAAUGACCAGCAAAUAAAUCAGAACAUGUCUUCCGGCGUGAUCUUCAGCACCAAGUCUCUGGUGCUGCAAGGCGUCACGAGGAGAGACGGCGGGCUGUAUACUUGCAGUGCUGCCAACCAGAUAGGGGAGGCGACCAGCCAAGCGGUGUAUUUGCGGGUACAAUAUACCCCAGUGUGCGCGCAGCUAUCGCCCCUCCUGAUUGGUGCUCGAUUAGACGAGCCGUUGCGUGUGCGCUGCACUGUCAGCGCAGACCCUGCUGACGUCACAUUCUCGUGGCAGUUUAACAACAGCGGGGAGAGCUUUCAAGUGUCACCAGCUCGAUAUGUGUCCACUGGCGGCACAGCAAGCGAGCUUCGUUAUCGCGCGGCAAGCGAACGCGACUACGGCGCGUUGCUUUGUCGCGCGACAAACGCCGUCGGCCGACAGAAGAGGCCGUGUGUCUUCCAAAUCGUGCCAGCUGCACGCCCAUCUCCACCGCGCAACUGCACGGCGAACAGAAUCCUCAAGAGUGGAGAAACAUUUCUGUCAGUCCGAUGCUUGGCCGGGUACGACGGAGGGCUAAGUCAAAGAUUCACGCUGGACGCUCUUGGAGACAACAUUAGAACAUUAGCCAACACAACAGCAUCGAAUUUUGAUCUGGUAGUGUGGCUGAACGUCAGCUGGUCGUCGUUAGAAGAUCUCACGGAGGACGAGAUCCUCGGCGUGGUGGCCAGGAACAGCAAGGGCGCUUCUGAACCGGCCCUUCUAAGGGACCUUGUGUUUCGGGACGCCGCUAAAAGAACGGAAGAAACCAUGCCUCGCAUCACGACGAGGUUCCCUGCUGCGGCGGCGCUGGCCGCUCUAGCUGCGCUCGUUACAGCCAUCAGUGCUAUCGUGGUGUUAGCAGUACGCAGACGAAACGAGAACACGUCAAGCAGCAAGCGCCCCUCCCAAUCCGUGGUGCAAGUGGACGCUCAAGGCAGGCGGUACCUCAUCGCGUACCCACCAGCAGACAAGCUAGAAACUAAGCCUGACAUCUUGAACCCUAAGCCAGAAAGCGAGCCGCCGCGUGUAGUCCUGGAGUCAAGCGACAGCAAAAGCUACACUAUUAGGGAGCAAGAGGUCGCAUAUGCGACACCUACAACACACGAUAAAAUGAUGCCGGAGAGAUAACAAAAGGAAUAGCGGCUCUUGUAAAUAUAAAUGAAAUGUUUACUGUAAAUUCCAAAUUGCCAAUUGUAAUUUAGACGCUGUGGCGUGGUAUCGUUUUUAUUUGUAGCGACAUCUAUCGGUAUCGUAUCGAGCGGAAAUGAGAAUGUUGAGAUGGAUGUGUGGAGUGACCAGAAUAGAUCGGAUCAGGAAUGAGUAUAUUAGGGGAAGUUUGA